CCUCAAUAUUGACAGCAUGGCCGAAGUACAGAUUGCCCCUCUUCGUUCCAUGAGUGAUUUUGUAUUGGACUCUGCUAGAUUUCAAGUUCCUAACAUCAAAGACGCAGAGAAAUGGGCGAACAGAGUUCUGAACAAUUUACUGUAUUAUCAGACGAAUUAUUUCUUAGUAGCUUUGAUGGUCUUUUUAUUGAUUGGAAUUCUUCAUCCUGUUAAAAUGGUAUGUGGCUUUGCUGCCAUAUCAGUGGCGUUUGGCGUCUUCGUAUAUUGUACAAACUCGCAAUGGACAGCUCGUCGGUUUAAACAAGAUCAUCCACUGAUCAGUGUUUUAAUAGUUUUAGCUGUAGGAUACUUACUAGUAUAUAUGAUUGGGGCAGUGAUAGUAUUCAUGUUUGGCAUAGCAUUCCCAUUGCUUUUAGUAAUUGUUCAUGCAUCACUUAGAAUGAGGAAUGUGAAAAACAAGAUAACAAAUAGAAUUGAACAUAUUGGAUUGAAAAGAACUCCAAUGGGUAUAAUAUUGGAAGGCUUAGGUCAAGAGCAGGAAGCUGGAUCAUAGAGUAAAUUUGGAAGAGAUGUUUUUAUUUAAUGAGAUGGAAUCUCAAAGAUGAUGUGCAAUUUUAACCAGCUGUUAAUGCAGUUACAUGUGAUAUAAUAACAUUAUUGUUUGUACUAUACAAGUGGUUAGUACCUGUAGUUGUGGUAUUUGGGUAUCAGUUUAAUUUUAAUCUUGCCUUUAUUAUGCAUUUAAAUCAGUUUAGUAUUAAGGUGUAAUGAAUUGCUUAAAAUAUAUUGGAAGAACUGUUGAUUGAAUCAUUAGCAAAGAAUAUAAAUUCAUUCAACUUUUUCAUUGGGUAAAUAUUGUCAUAUUUCAUUCUUUAUUCUACAGUAAAACAUCCAUCAGUCAUUAUCAUGGUAUAGCCUGUGACAUAUAAUUAAUCCUAACCAUUUCCUUUAAACAUUGCUUACUUGAUUUUUACAAUAAUUAACUACAAUUUUAUGAAACUUGACAGCCUAUAUCCACAUGAUAUUCUGUAGCUCAUGUGUACAGCCUAUAUAUAUAUAUCCACAUGAUAUUCUAUAGCUCAUGUGUACAGCGUAUAUCCACAUGAUAUUCUAUAGCUCAUGUGUACAGCCUUUAUAUAUAUCCACAUGAUAUUCUAUAGCUCAUGUGUACAGCCUAUAUCCACAUGAUAUUCCAUAGCUCAUGUGUAGAGCCUAUAUCCACAUGAUAUUCUAUAGCUCAUGUGGAUUUGUUCUUAUAAUUACUUUAUAUCAAAUAAGUAAAACUAAAAGGUGUCUUUGAAGUUUUGAUGAGAAUACUGGACUUAUCAUUUCUAAAAGCAAUGUGUUAUUUUUAUAUUUUUUAUUUAAAGAAAAGAGAGAAGUGAUUUUCUGUGUUAAAGCUUAAUAUUUAGAAUUUUCCAAUUUAAAUUUUGUAUUUUAAGAUGUUAAAUGGUGUCUGUGAUUAUACAUGUUGACUGUUUUAAGGAAUUGAUGUAUGCUAUUUGUUAUUCUAUUGUAUAAUGGUGUGCAAGUUGUCUUUCAUAUUCUAGUUUUAACUUUGUUAUGGUUAUUUUCAUUUAUAAAGUAUAUGCACAGUACCUGCAGUAUAGUUUUAUGUAGAAGUUUUUUUAAUGGAUCACAUUUUUCAUAAAUAUACUUAUUCUCUUCUGAUGCCAAAACUGUGCUUAUUGAAAUUUUAGAUGUAUAAGGGCAAAAUGUUUCAUAUUGUAUUGUAAAGAAGAAAUUAAAGCCCAAGAGGUUUUAUUUUAAACAGAUGUAAUUAAUUUUUACAAAACAAGUGUACAAAAAAUGUAGUUUAUUGUCAAUGUUUCCAUCGAUUUACACUUGCCUACAGUAAUAAACAUGUAUGUAAAUAAAAUCUCAUAUAUAAGCUAUUAGAUAAGUAGUUGGGAACUAAAAUAUUUGACAUAAAUUUUAUAAAAUAUGUUUUUAGAAUUUGAAUUAAAGUGUGAAAUUUUGGAUUACUUGUUUCCUUCAUUUUGAUAUACAGGAAAGUGUACAUUCUUUCUACAUUCUUUAGCCUUGUGAAUGUCUUUGAUCUAUGAAAUCUGGCUAAAUAAUACAUACACAGAAAUAUUCAGGAACAUUACUUUGUGUCCAACUUAGCCUGCAUAAAGCAAUUUUUUAUGAAAUGUUAUAGAAAAGUAUGCUAUUGAUACAGAAUACAACUGAUAAGCAACACAAACCUUCAAAAUUAUGAAUCAACACGAUGCACUGCUGUAGAUAUCCACUGUGUAUGUACUGAUAUCAUUUGUUUCCUUGGAAAUAAAGACACAUGCUCAGAACAAUAAUGAUUGGUGAAAGUUUUAUGCAGUUAAAUUGGAUAAUAUGAAGAAUUUAGAGAAAGCUUUAGAUGUGGUGCAAAUUUUUAGUCUCAUUUGUUAGUAACUAUUUACAGAAUGUUUUGAAUGAACAAUUUUUACAGAGCCUGUACAUUGGACAUACUUGUUGGAUGUCCUUCUUUAUAUAUAUAUAUAAGUAAUGGCCAGUUUACAAAUUAUUUAGUUUGAAAUGAACAUGAACAAAACAUUUUUGAUAUUUUUUUUUAUAAAGACCUAAAUGUAAAUCAGUUGAAACAUUGAUAAUGUUGAUGUUGACUUUUGUUACCAGUCUUUGUACUUAUUGACUCUCAUUAGUGUAAACCAUAAUUACCUGGUGAUACAGUCAGUGAAAUCCAUUAUUUAUAUAAUUAGUCUAUGCUUUGCUUAAGAAUAUUUUGUUAAUAAUUGUUUACAUGCCGCAUUGCCUGUGCUGUUUGAUAUAUUAAUUACUUAACAUCAUCAAAUUAAACAAAUUGUCUGCUUUAAGAAUUAUCCAUGUAAUUUUACCCCACAUUUGCUUUUAUUCCUUUGAGAAGAGAACAAUGAUGUUAUAUCACUGAUACUUUUUGAAGAUCUUAUUUAAUAGUCACAAUAGCUAGUUAGAUUUUAUCUCGAAAAGUCCCACAAAGGACCAAAGUGUUGGAAAUCAAAUUAUAUAAUGAAAGUGUCAUAUGUCUUAAGAUACUAGAAAAGUGUCUUCUCUAGAUUGUAGAGAAUGUGUCAUCUGUUGUAGAUACAAGAGAAAAUGUCCUCUGUCAUAGAUACUAGAUAGGGCAUGUGUCAUAUGUCUAAGAUACUAGAGAAAUGUUCUCUCUAGGUUGUAGAGAAAGUGUCAUCUGUUGUAGAUACAAGAGAAAAUGUCCUCUGUCAUAGAUACUUGAGCAUGUGUCAUCUUGUCUUGGAUACUAGAAAAAGUGUCCUCUCUAGAUUGUAGAGAAAGUGUCAUCUGUUGUAGAUACCAGAGAAAGUGUCCUCUGUCAUAGAUACUAGAGCAUGUGUCAUCUUGUCUUAGAUACUAGAAAAAGUGUCCUCUCUAGAUUGUAGAGAAAGUGUCAUCUGUUGUAGAUACGAGAUAAAGUGUCCUCUGUCAUAGAUAGAGGGCAUGUGUCAUCUUGUCUUAGAUACUAGAAAAAGUGUCCUCUCUAGAUUGUAGAGAAAGUGUCAUCUGUUGUAGAUAUGAAAGAAAGUGUCCUCUGUCUUAGACAAUUAUAUAUAUGAUACUUAUGAUGAAAAAUAACUGGCCUCAUCUGGCUACUUGAAUACUUAAAGUGAUCCAUUUUCCUACUUAAAACAGUAUAAAGUUAUGUAAUAUAUUGGUAAAUCAAAACAGUAAAAUUAUGUAAUGUAAUGGUAAAUCAAAACAGUAAAAUUAUGUAAUGUAAUGGUAAAUUAAAACAGUAAAAUUAUGUUAUGUAGUGGUAAAUUAAAACAAUAAAAUUAUGUUAUGUAGUGGUAAAUUAAAAUGUGUCAAAUGUGUAUUGUAAUAAUUGAUCACUAACGUUCUGUGUGUUUCAAAAGGUUCAUUAUAAAUUUGACUUAUAUAUUACAUUGUACUUAAUUACUUUAAUUUAUGUACACAAUCUUCCUAACAAAGAUAGCACAACACAUGCAACAAUCCAUCAAAUUUGUUUGAUAAUUUGAUGUUUUACCUGUUUAACAGUAGUACUCAAUUUACUUCACUCCUUAACAGCCUCACCUAAUCAGGAAAGUUGGUGAUUGAUAUGUUUAAUGACCUUGACUAGUUAUAAAACCCUGACACAGUUGGUAGCAUGGAAGUCACUGACCGAUAAAAGUUUUACCUAGCUUGUAAUUUUUAUGAUUUAUUUGGACUUUGAUCUUAUUUUCCCAUUUGUUAUGCCCCCGCCGUAACAGAGGGGGCAUUAAAUUUUACCCUUGUCCUUCUGUCCGUCCGUACCUCCCAUAAUUGGUUUCCGUUCUCUAACUUUAGUUUGCCUCAACCAAAUAAUAUGAAACUUAUACACAAUGCUAAUUACCACAAAACACAGAUCAAGUUUGAAUUUUGGUGGUGUCACUUUUACCGUUCUAGAGUUAUGCCUCUUUACAAAUGGAUAAAUUGCAAAAUAUUUCGUUUCCGUUCUCUAACUUUAGUUUGCCUUAACCAAAUGUUAUGCAACUUAUGCACAAUGCUAAUGACCACAAAACACAGAUCAAAUUCGAAUUUUGGUGACGUCACUUUCACUGUUCUAGAGUUAUGCCUCUUUACAAAUGGAAAAAUUGCUCAAUUUUUGGUUUCCAUUCUCUAACUUAACUUUGCCUCAACUAAGUGUAAUGAAACGUAUACACAAUGCUAAUUACCACAAAACUCAGAUCAAGUACAAAUUUGGGUAGUGUCACUUUUACAGAUCUUGAGUUAUGUCCCUUUAUAACAUUAUAUGCAAGCGGGGGCAUCAUCUGUGUCCUAUGGACACAUUCCCCAUUUAUUUUUUAUUUAUCUUGCAUAAAAUGUAAAAUUUGAUGAUAUUCAUCCUUAGGAUCCUCUGAAUGAAAGCAAGCUUCUGACAGGCACAUUUUGCAUCAGUCCCAAUAAAUUUUUAACCGGAUUUUCGAAAGUGUCAUCUGUUGUAGAUCAUGUUUAAGUAACUCCUUAUUUUGUAAUUGUCAAAUGCAGACUUAACUUUGUAACUAAGUUCCUUCAAACUGAAGUAGAAUAUGUGAUAUGACUAAAUUCUUUCAAACUAAACCAAAUUACCAGAAAAAGUGGUCAAAGUGUUAGUAUACAUUUCAAAUGGUUUUCAUAUAUGUUGUUGCAGCGUCAUGAGACUUUAUUAAGGGUUUAUUUAUCAUUCUUAUUAAAUACUAUAAGAGAGAUGUAUCAUGGUAUACUGUUGUUCUUCCAUCUGUGUGUUCAAUGUCUGAGCAUGUCUCACAAUAAUUCAAGCAUGUAGGAAAGAAUCCUUACUAAAUUUGUACAUAUUUUAUGUUCUAUGAAGACUUGCUUCCUUUUAAUUUUGAUGAUUUAAGAUUAGUUGUGACGUCAAUCUCAAACAAUUCCUGUAUGUCAAGUGACAACUCAAUAAUGCCUUUACAAAUGAAAUGUUUACACAAUGUAAGAUUUUAUAGAGACUACCUUUCGAUUUUGAUGACUUUCAGAUUAGUCUAAUCUUGAGUUAUGGGACUUUAAUCAUCAAAAUACUAAGCAUUGAAAUGUCUAUUGAUAACUCAUGUGUGCUUUCACAGAACUACAUGGAAUUUGUUAACAGUGUCACAACUAAUGACUGUUAGCUCUAUUUCGAUUUUGAAGAUUUUCAUAUUAGUUAAUCCAGAGUCGCAGUACUUUAAUUAAUCAUCUAAAAUGAGGCAAUUUUUUCAAAUGUCCCAUAAUUAAAUCAAGUAUCCUCUCAGUAUCCUGCAACACGUGUUGUAAGAUAUUUCUCCACUCGGAUAGUUAAAUUUUAUUCCUAAAACCGGGAGGCUUGCUGAACUUUUCAAAUAAUUAAAAUUUAAUUGUUGAGAGUGGAGAAAUAUCGUAAUACACGAGUUAUAGUGGUGGAAUCUGUUUCUCUAAUUAUUUUUAUCCAUCAUUUUCAAAGAUUUGCAGAAAGUUGUGUUCUUUAUUUGUGACGUCAUCAGGCAUGGUUGCCUUUUUUCUUGACGUCACAAUAGGAAAUUCAGAAGAAAUCAAUAUUUGACGUAAUAAUUAAAUUUCUACCAAUCAUUUGCCGAGAACAGUUAUUUCACUAGUGAGGAGAACAAUUUUUUCACAAUCGGUUGGGAAAUGUGAAAAAAGGAAAAAAAUUGUGAGAAAUUGACCAAUUAUAGGUUCAUAAGCUUACUUUGUAUAAUACAUGUAAUACUGAUUAAUUUUGUAGAUCAAUGGUUCCAAAGUUAUUACACUGUAUUCAUAAAAAACUUGGCACUUUUCAUAUGCUAGGUGAUAAUUAGAGUGUAUUUUCUUCAGUUCACAUCAUUUUACUUUUUUUAAGCCAAGGUCGAUUUUGAGGAUUUUUAAAUUAGUCUGUCUACAGUAAAGGACUUUUAAUCGUCAAAACAUAGCAAUUAUUUUUAUUAUAAUUGGGUCAUGAUAAAUUUGAUAUUCUUUCAUAUAUAUACAUCCUUAUGAAUUUUGUACACACUGUUUUACAAAUAUAAUUUGGAAAGGUA